AUGGUGGACAAUGGUAAAAACAUUGAAUUAGUGCAUCAGCCAACCAAGGAAGAGAUCAAAAGUGCAGUUUAUGGGCUCAAUGGAGAAAGUGCUGGAGGUCCGGAUGGUUUUAAUGGUACAUUUUUUCACUCAUGCUGGGACAUAAUAGGUGAUGAUAUAGUAGAUAGUGAUUCAUACACCUUGCUGGUAAGCUUGCUGCCUAGUCUAAUAUCUGAUGAACAGGCAGGCUUUGUGAAAGGGAGGAGCAUAGUGGAGAAUGUGUUAUUAACGCAAGAAAUAGUUACAGAUAUUAGACUAAGAACGAAGGCAGGUCCAACUGUAGUGAUCAAAUUGGAUAUGGCAAAAGCAUACGAUCGAUUGUCCUGGUUGUUCUUGUCAAAGGUGUUGAGGAAGAUGGGAUUUGGAGAAAGAUUUAUAGGACUGCCUCAUGGCUUCUUUAGAUCAACUAGAGGUGUGAAGCAAGUCUAUAUGCAUCAUUCUACUAGUGCACAAGUGAUUGAUAAGGUUCAGAGGAUUACAGGUAUUCCAAAGCAGGAGUUUCUAUUUACUUACCUUGGAUAUCCAAUAUUCUAUCUUAGAAGGAACAUGGAUUACUAUAAGGAUCUUAUAACAAAGGUAAUGGACAAGUUGCAGAGUUGGAAGGGGAAGCUACUAUCCAUUGGAGGAAGGGAAGUGCUUAUUUCUCAUGUUCUACAGAGCAUGCCAAUUCAUUUGCUUUCAGCAGUCAAUCCUCCAGCUUAUGUGAUCAACUGA